UUAAAUCCGGACACGCAGUUGGUCUGGGCUGUGCUGUGGCCCCUACCCUGGGGGUUUAGAAUGGAAGGAAGAGAUCCUGCUGGGUAAUCCCUCUGGGAAAACGAGGCCUGAACGCUCCAGGGAAACACGGCCUGAGAGGCUGGCGCUGGCAGGACCGAAGCCAGGAACUCUGCCAAGCUGGAGCAGGGCUCGGCUGCCAAUUCCAGCCGCUGGAUCAAUGUCCCGCCUUCCUGAAUGGUGGUUCGGCUUUGCGGACAGCUUCUCCGGUGGGGGCGGGAGGAUCGGCCAAGCCAGCCGCGUCCUGCCCCGAUCCCUUUGCUGGCUGAUCUGGGAACUGUGGCUCGGACAUGGCUCCUGGUGGCUGGUCUCUGGUUUGAGCUGGGACCCCCCCAGCAGAGGUCUGGCAGAGAUGCUGCUGCUCAGACCCAUCAUGAGAGGACCCUGGGGCCUCCAGAGAACACCUAGGUUGGCAGCUGUGGCCUGGAGGUCCCACCCCCAAGUCUGCACCCCCUCCCGCACUUAUGGCACCUGGAGAGCUGGUGACGGCAGCCAGAGAUGGAAGGUCAUGGCCGUGGGUGCUCUGCUGGGCCUGGGCGCCGGCCUGGCCUAUGGAGAUCACCGCAGACAGGCAUCAGAGGCCGAGCCGAACGCUGUGGCCAUGCCCAGGGCACCGUACCCCGUGUUCACCCGCCAGGAGGUGGGGCGGCACCGCAGCCUGGCCGAACGGGUCUGGGUGACCUACGGAAGCGAGGUCUUUGACAUCACCGACUUCGUGGAGCUGCACCCGGGGGGCAAGAGCAAGAUCCUGCUGGCAGCGGGGGGCGCCCUGGAGCCGUUCUGGGCCAUGUACGCCGUGCAUGGCCAGGAGCACGUGCUGGAGAUCCUGCGGGGCUACAAGGUGGGGGAGCUGAGCCCCGAGGAGCCGAGCCAGCCCGCCCAGGGGGACCCCUACUCCGGGGACCCCCCUCGGCACCCUGCCCUCAAAGUCAACAGCCUCAAGCCCUUCAACGCGGAGCCGCCGGCUGAGCUGCUGACCGAGAACUACCUGACGCCUAACCAGCUCUUCUUCAAGCGCAACCAUCUGCCGGUGCCGGCCGUGGACCCCGCCCGCUAUCGGCUGGAGGUGGAGGGGCCGGGGGGCCGGGUGCUGGUGUUCUCGCUGCCGGAGCUCAAGCGUUGGUUUCCCAAGCACGAGGUGACGGUCACCCUGCAGUGUGCCGGGAACCGCCGCUCGGAGAUGAGCCGCGUCCGGCAGGUGAAGGGGCUGGAGUGGGGCGUGGCGGCCAUCAGCACGGCCCGCUGGGGCGGCGUCCGGCUCCGGGACGUCCUGGCGCACGCCGGUUACACGGAGGAGGACGAGGAGGCCGGGGAGCGUCACGUCUGCUUCGAGGGCCUGGAUAAGGACCUGAGCGGGGUGGCCUACGGCGCCUCCAUCCCUUACCGUGCGGCCAUGGGCCGCGGGGCCGAGGUGCUGCUGGCCUACGAGAUGAACGGCGAGGAGUUGCCGCAGGACCACGGCUACCCGCUGCGGGUGGUGGUACCGGGCGUGGUGGGUGCCCGCAACGUCAAGUGGCUGGGCCGGGUCUCUGUGAGCCGGGAGGAGAGCCCGAGCCACUGGCAGCAGAAUGACUACAAGGGGUUCUCGCCCGCCGUGGACUGGGACACGGUGGAUUUCGCCACGGCCCCCGCCAUCCAGGAGCUGCCCGUCCAGUCGGCCAUCACGGCCCCUGCGCCAGGCGCCACCGUCCCACCCAGGGAGCUGACGGUCAAGGGCUACGCCUGGAGCGGGGGCGGGCGCGGCGUGGUCCGCGUGGACGUCUCGCUGGAUGGCGGCCGGACGUGGCACGUGGCCGAGCUGAUGGGCGAGGAGCAGCGGCCAGGCCGGGCCUGGGCAUGGCGCCUGUGGCGGCUCACGGCCCCCGUCCCCCCCGACCGCACGGAGCUGGACAUCGUCUGCAAGGCCGUGGACACCAGCUACAACGUGCAGCCCGACACGGUGGAGCCCAUCUGGAACCUGCGGGGAGUGCUGAGCAACGCCUGGCACCACGUCCGCGUCACCGUGGCUGAGGAUUAACGGGGGGGAGAAGCAGAGGGGAGACAUGCAGCCCCCCCCUCCCCCCCGCAGCGCCCUCUCUCUCCGGAUGGAUAGAGAUGGGUGGCCGAGUCAGGGAGGGAGUCCCUGAAACGGAUCCACCCAGCCCCAGGGGGAGCUUGGAGAGGCCGAUUCAGGGGCAGCUCUCCCCUGCCCCCCCCCGCUUCUCCAGGGCUCCCUUCCCGUGGGGCCUGGCCUAGGAACGAUCCUCUCUCUGGAGGGGUCUGAUGGGCAGGCAGAGCUGAGCAGUGACCCUCAGGGAGGAGGCGGGGGGACAGAGUGGGCUAAUAAGCCAGGGGCUGCGGCCCUUUGUGAGAUGAGUUUGGUGGGUCUCAGCCUACUUCCCACAAGGAAAGGGGAGUGGGUCCUUGGCACUGAAAUACCAUUCCAGCUGGCCCCACACGGCCCCUCUGCUGGCAGCCCUGACGGGGAGCCCCAGCCUGGACCGGGCUGCGGGGAUGGUGGUUAUCCCUGGAGGCAGGUGGCCCCCGGAGCGGGCUGGGGCAGGCUGGCAGGGGCACGGGGAGAAAGCUGUUCCAGGCCCGGGCCAGGACGGCAGCGCCCAGUUCUCCCGCUAGUGCUGUUAUUCCUGCUCACGUCCCCCCAUUAACCCAGCGUAAAAUCCACCCCCCGCCCUUUCCCCGCUGGCUGCCGUCCCCUUCUCCUCACCUGCUCUUAGUGCUCUGGGCCCCCUCCGCGCCAGCCUGUGCCUUCUGGUUCAGAGCCUCUUCAUCCUCUGCCCCCUGGCGCUGCCCCAGCAUGGCCCAGCGCCCUCCUGCCACGUCGCUGGCCUGUUCGCCGACCUAUCCACUGCGUCUCAGCCUGGGCCCUUCCUCGUUGCUGGGCUCCCCCCGCGGUGCGGGGCGAACACCUCGGCUCUUCCUGUCCCAUCCCUGGCGCUGUUACAGGCCUUGCCAAAGUGUGAUGACUCUACAGCCAUGGGAAGUGUCAGAUGCAGGUGGCCAUAAAGAUUGUGCUGGGUUAUGGACUCGUCUUGUUAAUUUACAGGCCAGCUGGCUGCCCACCAAGGCUUUCCAGGGUUAACCAUUGCCUGGGGCAGGCUGAGGUUAAAAGUCCGGGGGUGGAAGUCUGGGGCACCUGCUCUGUGUUCUCCUCGCAGCAGGAGCUGAGCAUGAGUCUGAUGAGCUCAUGUCCUGGGCCGGGGAAUGAUCCAAUUUCUAAACAGAUCAAACCACCACAGCCAAUCUGCCCAGCCUGGCUCUGCUGGUGCCAUCUUCCUCAGGGGCUGGGAUCGAGAGGCGGGUGAGGGGACUUUCCUCUGAUCCCCCACUAGGAAGAUGCUACAUAAAUGUCCCCCUGUGCUGUGGUCAGUGGCUCCGUUGGCUGGUCAGUCUGCAGGUACGUUAAAAGCCAUAAGCUGUAUGCUGGCCAGGAAUUCUCCACCAGGAUGUGUGGCUUCCCCCAAAGUGAAACUUUUCCCCAGGAAAAUUUCAGGUUUUUUUUCUGUUGAGAAAAUGUUUAAAUAAAAUCUUUACUCUGAGGCA